ACCCCAUCCACCACCCACCACUACAAAGCCCUCCUCCCCACCUUCUUCCUCCACCCUUUUGCUCUCUCUUUCUAAAAAGGAAAGUCUUCUCUCCUCUCUCUCUCUCUUUCUCUCUCUGUAUUCCUCAUUUUCAUUCUCCUCCAUCUCCAAACUGGCUAUAGAAAUGAAGCCCAAGAACAGAAGAAUCAUGGGAGCUGGAGGGCCAGUGGAAGAGGAAGGUGAGGAGGAGGAGAGCAAGUGGCCGCCAUGGCUGCGCCCUCUCCUCCAAACAAGCUUCUUCGUUCAAUGCAAGCUCCAUGCUGAUUCCCACCGCAGUGAAUGCAACAUGUACUGCUUGGACUGCAUGAAUGGAGCCCUCUGCUCCCUUUGCCUCAACUUCCACAAAGAUCACCGCGCUAUUCAGAUAAGGAGGUCAUCAUACCAUGAUGUGAUUAGGGUUUCUGAGAUUCAGAAAUUUCUGGACAUUACCGGAGUCCAGACCUACAUUAUCAACAGUGCCAGAAUUGUGUUCUUGAAUGAGAGGCCUCAGCCCAGGCCUGGAAAAGGAGUCACCAACACUUGCCAAGUUUGUGAGCGCAGCCUCCUUGACUCCUUCACUUUUUGCUCCCUUGGUUGCAAGAUAGUUGGGACAUCAAAGAGCUUCAGGAAGAAGAAGCUGUGCAUGGAAACAGAAGGCUCCGACUCGGAAUCCCUGAAUGGAGCCAGCAGCGGCAGCAGCAGCAAGAGCAAAAUCCCGAGCUUUACGCCCUCCACGCCGCCUCCCACCGCCGCCGCUACUUACCGGACGGCCAAGAGGAGGAAGGGAGUGCCCCACAGAGCCCCAUUGGGAGCCCUUAUCAUACAGUACUGAUCAGAAAUAUAUCUCUACUGAUAGUUCACUACAAAAAUAUACCCAAAAAAAAGUGAUAAGAAGCAUGAAUAUACAGCAGAAAAGCCAACAUUCCGAGCUGUUUCGCCAUGGAGGCCGGUGUUGGAAGCUGAAGGUCUAAAGAUCUUGACUGGGAUAAUGUAUAUAGAAGAAAGGCAGAAGAAAUAAAAUGGUGAAGAAAUUGGGGGAGAAGAUGGUGAUGAAGAUGAAGUGAAGGUAUAGGCUUAUUAUAAUAGUUGAUGAUAAUGUGAUUAGGUUAUGGUGAAUGUAGUUGUAUGAUGAAAAUUAAAAUGUAAAUAUAUUUUGUAGAAAUUAAAUGGGAUAGGAUGGUGUAUAUUGGCAUAUUGUAAUGUGAUAUGAAUAAUAUGUGGUGUUUAUACUAUAUAUGGGAUUUUCCUA